AUGAAACUUUUUGCGAUUUUGGCGGCCGGGGCGAUGGCCCGCGUCAGCUCCAACUUCUUCCAAAUGCAAAAUGAUUUUGCUGAAGCUGCCAAGCUCGGGGUCGACGUGGCCAACCUUCGCGCUUUUCGAAAAUACGAAAAUGACUUCGCGAAGAAGUAUAAAACUGCGGAGGAAAGAAGAUUGAGGGCGCAGACGUUUAGCAAGAACUAUGAAAUGAUUAUGCAGCAUAAUCAGCGCGAAGAUGUUACUUGGAAAAUGGGAUUGAACUUCGAUGCUGAUCUUUCCUUCGCGGAAUUCCAGUCCCAAUAUCUGAUGGUAAACCAAGACUGCUCCGCCACCUCCACCCGACAUCUUGACAUCGACGUCCUCUCCCUUCCUGAAAACUUCGACUGGCGAGAGCACGGUGGAGUUUCUCCAGUCAAAAACCAAGGCCACUGCGGGUCCUGUUGGACAUUUUCCACCACUGGUUGUCUGGAAUCUGCCCAUUUAAUUCACCACAACCAGGCAUUCAACUUGUCCGAGCAGCAGUUGGUCGACUGUGCUCAAGAUUUCGACAAUCAUGGUUGCAACGGUGGUUUGCCUUCCCACGCCUUCGAAUAUAUCCACUACAUCGGAGGUUUGGAAGAAGAAAAAGACUACGCGUAUCAUGCCGAAGAAGGUCUCUGCGAGUUCGACCCGACCAAAACUGCUGGAACUGUUCGAGAAGUUUUCAACAUUACUGAAACGGACGAGGAUCAACUGACCAUUGCUCUUGCUUAUUUUAAUCCAGUUUCCGUCGUGUUCGAGGUCGUCGAUGGUUUCCGAUUUUACAAAGAAGGCGUUUACCAAUCAGACACAUGCGGAUCCGGGCCAACCGAUGUGAACCACGCCGUCCUCGCUGUCGGCUAUGGAACGUGCAAAAAGUGUAAUACCCCUUACUACAUCGUCAAGAAUUCUUGGGGCGCCGAGUGGGGAGAUGAAGGCUUCUUCAAAAUCAAACGAGGAGAGAACAUGUGCGGCAUUGCUACUUGCGCGUCUUUCCCAAUCGUCUAA